AUGCCCCUGCCAGCGCUGCUCUCCUCCAGCGAUAGGUCGUCCCCCAUCGGCUCGUCCUCCAGCAAGGCGCGCUCGGUGCCUGCCGUCGACGGCGACAUCCCGCCCGAGUUCAUCCACGACGAGGCCCAGCUGCCAUGCAUCCCGCCCGAGCGCCCAGACCUGCGCGAGCUCAACUGCGGGCUCGAGGCCCUGGCGGCCGUGUUCCCCGACGUCCAGAUUGAAGUCUUUCGGGAGCUGCUGGGCAACUUUGAUGGCGAGUCGAGGCUUGCUUUGGUGGCGGAUGCGCUGCUGAAGAAUGGUGCCGUUUGGGUCAAGGGCAGGUGGAAGGUUGCCGGUCCGCAGAGCCACAACAGACUGCAGCAGCCGGGGAAUGGCGACAAGCAACGGGACAGGGCCAAAGCGGAGAUCUUCCGAAGCAACGAGUACAAGAAGGCGGUUCAGACGCUUGCGUGGCAGGAGUUUAAAGGCCUGUCCAAGUCGACAAUCAAUGCGGUGCUUGCCGAGUCCAACUACUCCUACCUGGACGCCCGGAGGAUCCUUGUGACGCUGUCAUCCAAGUCGUGGCGCUUCACCAUCUCGUCCAUCUUCAUGAGACGGAAGCCCGUGGCAACAGGCGAGGCGGAGAACCACCCCCUUGUCCGCUGGCGCACAAACGGUCAGGGCUCCAACAUACCUACGAUACGAUCUACGGGCAACGCCGAGCUCGACCGGGAGCUGUACGAUGCGCUCAUUCGCCCGUUGAAGGAAAAGGAGAGAGAAGAGCGAGAGGCCAAAGACCGCGCGGCUGCCGUGCUGCUGAACAACGAGGAGGCCGAAGAGGCGGGCGCCGUCCAUGAGUGCAUGUGCUGCUUUACGACAGGCGCCUUUGAGGAGUUUACCCACUGUAACAAGGACGCACACAUGAUCUGCUUCCGCUGCGUGCAGCACUCCAUCAAGGAGGCCGUCUUUGGCCAGGGCUGGCAAAGCAGCAUCAUUCCCGAAAUGGGAACACUAAGAUGCAUGGCUGUCGGUCGCGAUCAGUGCCCUGGAUAUAUCUCGUCCGAGCACAUGCGCAGGGCCAUGCUGGAAGAGAAGAAGGGGGCCGAGAUCUUACACCAGCUCGACCAGCGGCUUGCGGAACAUGCCCUGCUUGCUGCAAGGCUACCGCUGGUACACUGUCCGUUCUGCAACUACGCCGAGAUUGACGACAUCUACAUGCCCUAUGAAAAGACCAAGAUGCGGAUCAGGGUUGCUGGCGUCAUCCACCUACUGUUCCUCUUCUUUUGCUUCAUAUGCGUCGUCCUCGUCUUUCCCCUAGCUGUUGUAUCGUUUGGCGUUGCCUUGACCUUCACCUCCUGGCGAACGUUGUGGACGCAACUAUCGACGGAGUGGAGGCACGCCCUGGGCAGGCAUUCCCGGCGCCGGCGCGGGCUGCAAUUCUCGUGCCAGAACCCCGAGUGCGGCCGCGUGUCCUGCCUGUCGUGCAGCAAGGUCUGGACGGACAUCCACGUCUGCAACGAGUCCUCUCUGGUUGCGCUGCGGACGCAGGUGGAGCAGGCCAUGAGCAUGGCCAUCAAGCGGGUGUGCCCGCGGUGCAACACGUCGUUUGUCAAGAACGCGGGCUGCAACAAGCUCACCUGCCCCUGCGGCUACAAGAUGUGCUACGUCUGCCGCGCCGACCUGACGGAGGAAGGGUACCGGCACUUUUGCGACCACUUCCGGCCCGACGGCGAUCCGCGGCCGUGUCUCGAGUGCGAGCGGUGCAAUCUGUGGGAGUCGGAGAAUGUCGACCAGGUGCUGCAGGAAGCCCGCGAAGAAGCGGAGCGGAAGUGGAAGGACACGGAGAAGAGGGACCUGUCGGCGCCGGAAAAGGCGUUUCUGGAGACGGGCAUUGCGGCGCGCGCGACGGGCAUGGGCAGCGUGGAGCAGAUUCUCGCGGCGGGUCGGAUGCCUUCGCUGGGGGAGGUUUUGGAUAUCGUUGUUGAGAUGGUUCUCGUGUAA